AUGAAGGAUGCCUAUUCAAUCAACUGGCAGAAAACAUUCAACUUCCGGCACUUUCAAACUUCGCAAUACGCACAGGAACCAUGGAACGACGGCAUGAAUGCUUUACACGUUGCUGCUUUGCACGGGGAUCGUGAAGUGCUGGCCUUCUGCUUGGAGCGCAACCUCGAUGUCAAUUCACUUUCUGACGCAUUGUACACUCCCCUUCACUACGCUGCAAUGGGCGGCCACUCAGCUUCUGUCAAUAUGCUUUCCAACCAUGGUGCAGAAGUCAACUCCUUGAAUGAGGAUAGGCGGCUUCCGCUACAUCUAGCUAUCGAGUCAAACGACUUGAAUACAAUCCAAACUCUGUUGACGCUCGCACUGCAGUUUCGAGACCAUCAGUCGUUGAAGGCAUAUCAGCACAGACAGACGUCUGCCGUCCAACCUUCGACCGAAGACGAAUCGUCACAGAAGACCCUCUUGUCCUUGCUUAACUGGUUAAUUCGGCAUGGGGAUCUCAACGCUUGCAAGAGCAUCCAUGACCAAAGAUGUCUUCUCAACGCUCGCAAGAGCAUCCAUGACCAGAGAUGUCUUCUCGAUGCGGCUUGGGAAGAUCUGAAUGAAGAUCAACCGCUUGCCACAGCCAUAGAACACGAGCAGUUGGAAAUCAUCAACUGGCUGCUAGAGCAAGGUGUCUCCUGUAGCCCUAUCAUAGAAAGUAGUGAACAUUCGUUCGGUACGUUCACAGCGCUGGAGUUAGCAGUGGAGAAGAAAAGUCUGAAUUAUGUUCUACCAAGACUGCUAAAGAACUAUCCACGGAAUGGUGGCAACUGGCUUCGUCGGCCGAUCAGCGUUCUUGCAUACACCGUCGAGGCUGGGAAUACCGAGGCGGUGUCCAUAAUCAUGGAUGAUGCGUUCCAGACCACCAAUGACUACGCAGCCCGGUUUGAAUUACCAUUGGAAGAGACUAUCUUCCGGUUGGUUAAUCAACCCCAUGACUGCAAUAACGGUCUGGUGUCGUCACUGAUCAAUUUACUUGCGUACUCUGGGGACUUGCACAAUAUUCAACGCCUAAUCGAGUAUGUUCCACUGGACGGUCCUGAUAGCUUUGGCGGAACUCCUUUAAGCAACGCAGCACGAUCUGAUGCCAUGGGUACACCCAACGUAAUGACAUUUCUAUUCAGCAGGAAUGCGUCGACGGAGCUUCGAGACAAGUAUGGCUAUAUGCCACUAAUGCGCAGCUGCAACCUCGGAGACUCUGAGAAGGUCAGACUUCUCAUCGAAGCCAAGGCUAACCAAGGCGACCGAUCACGAGGGGGUUCGAAUCUCCUCCACUUAGUUAUGCAGAGCGGCAAGGCUAGCCGCUGCGCGGGUCUGCUGCUGCAACUGGUGCAGGAAAGCCGACUUGACCCCCUGAGUCAGGACGAGGAUGGCUAUGUUCCUUUGCAUAUGACGACGGGGCACGACUCCUGGACAAGCUUCGUUCUCAACGGAGAUUUCGGUAUAGAGGCACUUCCUCCCUUCCCGAGGGACUACUGGAACGCGAAUGAGAAGAGACCUUGGCUCACAAACCAGUUCCAUCUGUUCCGCCGUCGAAUCCCAGCAGAUCAGUUCGCGCAGUUGCUAGAUGCCAAUCCUCUCAUGAAGUGGAGCCCUCUCUGCAAGAUAGCUGCCAUGGGGGAUGUCCAAGCGGUGGAGAAAAUGCUCGCAAUGAAACCCGAUCUCGAUUUCGUGGGGUGUUCGGCGGGCAAUGCUCUCAUGGCUGCUUGCGAAUCUGGGCGUCUGGAGACGGUCAAGAUCCUCGUUCGCCAUGGGGCCAGCCUGAACCUUUGCUAUCGAGGGGACUGCUACUCAGCAUUCGAGGCGGCGGCAUCCUUCAAGGACAUCGUUGAGUGGCUUCUGGUAGGAAGACACACGAGUCAGGGGCGCCUCACCGAAGGGCCUACUGGGCCAGAUGGAGUCUCUUCGCUGGAGGCAAAGAUUCGCCCGUGGAGCGGAUUUAGAUGCGAGAAGCUUGAUCUGACGACUGAUCUGCUCAGGAGGGAUGAUGCAGUCGCUCUGAAAGCCUAUAUCUCAUGGCUUGUCAAGUGGAAGAGAGAUAUGAGAGGCAAGAUCGCAGACCCGUCGUGGUUCAUACCUCAGACAGUGGACGGUGAGGCACCGGCGACGAAACGAGGAAGACCCAGUAGACUUCGUGACAGAGAAGGACCCAGACGUUUCUGGAAACACGGGAACUUGGAGAAGGAGGAUAUUGGUUGGACGAUGGAGUACUGCACCAAGAGUACUGCGUUGAGAGGAUGA